GGAAUGAAGGAGGAACCGCUGCAACUCGAACCGGAAGGUCGCAACCAAGUCGCGAGGAGUUGCUCAAAGCUCAAGAAGCAUGGGAUCGGAAGGAUCGCCAGGCAUUUCAGUACCUGUGUUGGGCUUUGGAGGGGCAACUUGAGCUUCUUAAGAUGCUGAUUGACCUGAAGGGGAAGGAAGGUGCAGCAGCUGCAGCUUAGAAAAGAGUGCAAGAUAGGCACUUGCAGAAAGGGCUUCUAAGCGUGCUUACUUGGCGGAAGCGGUUUUACACCAUGGAGCGGAACUAUGGGGAGGGGGAGACCAUGGUUCAGUAUCUCCAGAGGGUGGAUGAGAAUGUGAGGGCUUUGGAGGAGCUAGAUUACACGGUAGAUGAGAAGGAGAUCAUCUAUACUGCACUCCAAGGGUUGGAUCAAGCGGCUAAUGAGGCAUUACUACAGUACCUUCACCUCGAGCAACAGAAAUGGACCAAGGUGUGGAUUUGGGAGGUUUUAAUUUCUGAUGAGGCUCGCAAGGUUGAUGCUGGAAGAGGCCUAGAAGGAGGCAUGGGGGCAGCAGAUAAAGCUUCCUUCAGGAAAGGCUAUCAACAACAAGGAGGGAAUCAGGGGCCAAGGUAAAGGUGUUAAGGUCAGAUCGGGGUGGAGAGUACCUUGGGAAAGAACUUCAAAUCUUCUUGGAAGAAAAGGGUAUUUCCCAC